UAAACCACAUCUCGUGCUUCUCCGACUAACCAAAGCCAAAGAGAACUCUGAAACACACGCUUAAAGCAAAGCCAAAACAAAAAAAGGAAAAACACUCGAUUUCGUUGAUUCUGGUUCUUUCGAAAGCUUCAUGGUGUCUGUGAACCCAAACCCCGGGCAGGGGUUUUACUUCUUCGAUAAUCCAAUGAAUAUGGGGCUUCCGAGCCACAAUUCUCUGCCACCGCCGACAUCCACCGCAUCGACCACGACGACUACGACCGGUGCUGCUAAUCCUUGUACGGCGUCGUUCCUGGACGAUCAGAGUAAGAAGAUCCGGAAGCCGUAUACGAUUACCAAGUCCAGGGAGAGCUGGACGGAGCAGGAGCACGACAAGUUUCUCGAAGCUCUUCAACUAUUUGAUCGGGACUGGAAGAAAAUCGAAGCAUUUGUUGGGUCUAAGACAGUUAUCCAGAUACGCAGCCAUGCACAGAAAUACUUUCUGAAGGUUCAGAAGAAUGGAGCAAGCGAGCAUGUACCACCGCCUCGACCAAAGAGAAAGGCAUCUCAUCCAUAUCCACAGAAAGCCCCUAAAAAUGUUGUAUCCCAAGCUACUGGGCCAUAUCAGUCUUCAUCUGCUCUGCUUGAACCUGCAUAUAUUUACCAGCCAGAUUCGUCAUCAGUUCCUGGGAAUCCAGUUACUAGUUUAACUUUGACUUCCUGGAAUUUUAACUCCACGCCACCAGUUGCUACCUCACAAGUGACUAAAGAUGAUGCAGGGUUGGUUGGACCAACCAUUGCACAUAAUUGUUGCUAUAGUAUUAGUAAUGAAAGCACGCAAAAGACAGGGCCAAGAGGGGAAAAAAUUGAUCGGGGGGGUCAUAGCAAGCCUGAGAGAGUAAUGCCAGAUUUCUCUCAAGUUUACAGUUUCAUUGGCAGCGUCUUUGAUCCCAACGCCACUGGUCACUUACAGAGAAUGAAGCAGAUGGAUCGAGUAAAUUUGGAAACUGUUUUGCUGUUGAUGAGAAACCUCUCCGUCAAUUUGACAAAUCCUGAGUUUGAGGAUCAUAGAAGGCUACUUUCAUUGUAUGAUGCUGGCCCUGAGAAAGCUAAAUCCGGUAGCUCUCACAACAAUCCCUGCACCGAUCAAUCACAUAGCACCAUUCUAUCUGCUUAGGAAGUGAAAAGGGCAAUCAAAACAUGUGUAAUAUUCUGUUGCUAACAAGAAUCGUAAUAUGCAUAUGUAUAUAUGUAUAUGAAGUCUUCAGAGGACUACCAAUUCGUAGCGAAGCUUGUGAGUAGAUCAAUGUUGUUUUUCUGUCUGAUGUGUACUAUAUAGGAAGGCCUUCUGUUAUCCAUAGGUGUAGGAUAAAACAGAUUUCAGCCACUUUAAGCUUUGUUUCGGGAACCAUCUUGUAUAGAGUUCUGAGUGUUUUGUGUCGUUCAGUUUUGAUUGUAUAUGGUAAGUUAUCUUCUGUGUAACUGUUUCUGACCAGAUGAAAUGACUGUAUAUCUA